GUCUGUUUGCUAUACUGUUCAAAGGAAAGUGGCCUGGCUGAUAUAUAAACAGAGUAGUAUCUAGAGAUGGAACAAACUAAGUUGUAUUAUGAAUGCGAUGUGCAAACUCGUUAAAAAGUUUGAAUUAGAGGACGAAUAGAGUCAUGGAAAGGAAGGUGUAUAGAUAAUAACUAGUCUUCGGAAGCUGCCGCGUGUAGGCCGACUGACUGCCUGCCUGACUACCUUGCGGAUCCUUGAAUAUAUAAUUAACCAUAACAAGGACAGUACUAUUCGUGGCUGCCGGGGCAAACUGUAAUACUGCUGCUUGUUAAUUAUGUUGCUGCCAUAUCACUCACCAUUCUCAUUCUCCUUCACUCCACUAGCAUUCCUACACUGCACCUUUCACCCUCGAGGAAACCAGGUAGCCUAUGCCGAGCACAUGACUUUAUGACGGUACGCGAGACCCGCUCCUCUCGUCCCGUGCUAUCCUUGGGAAGUUUUCCUGCUCGUCACCAUGACCAGCACUCCUGAGUAUGGAACUUCCUGUUAUCCUCCAGGCCAAACCCUCCUGCUGGGCUAACGGCCGCCAGAGCAUUCCCAUAAUAUUACGUCAAGGGCAACAACAAAAGGCUGAUCACUGCCACACAUGCAAGGCAAAUUUGGCAGCCUACAUUCGGCCGUGACAAAUCACCUCACCCCCUAAACAUGACGUAAUGAUGUACGUAACCAAUAUGUUGCCUCGUUGAAAGUUUCAGAAUGCAACGAUAUGUGCCAAAUGACAUCACACUGGAAACUUGAGGGCGGGGCUCCCGGGAACACGGCAACGGCAGCAGCGGCGGCGUAAAGACCACCCGAGGCCCGCCGAGACCCCCGACACUGUGUCGCAUGCAGUGCUGUGAGGUGGUGCCGUGCUCGAGCCUCGCGCCUUGCACAGAGUGUAGCGUCAAUCAAAGGGCCUAGGAAGCACUCUGGUUAGUGCCGACGUCCAGGACUCAUGGCGGCGGUGCUGUGGGUGGUGGCGGUGGCGGCGGCUGUGGGGGGAAGCGGCGUCUGUGCCCAGAUGACGAGUGACCUGCCGCCCGUGACCCACAGCCACAGGAUUGUGCUGGAUCAGGACGGCGUCUUCGUCAUGCUAUGGACGCCCCGCGACGACGCCAUCGACAUGGAGCUUCAGGUGGGCGCCAAGGGCUACGUGGGUCUGGGCUUCUCUCCAAAUGGCGGCAUGAAGGGCGCGGACAUCGUGCUGGGCUGGGUGGACGUUGCCGGGAAGGUGUUCCUGCACGACUGCUAUGCAGAGGGCAACUGGGCCCCUAAGGUGGAUGCGUCCCAGGACGUGAAGCUGCUGGGCGGAUACCAGAACGACACCCACACGGUGCUCAGGUUUUCGCGGCCCUGGCAGACACUGGAUACCAAGAAUGACUUCAUGUUGGGCGAUGACACGGUGCGGGUCAUCUGGGCCUACAGCAACAAUGACCCACCCAGCAAGGCUAACCUCAACUACCACGAGGCACGAGGGACCAAGAGCCUCUACCUGAAGUCGCCCCAGUUUGUGAUGCCACCAAUGGGCCCUGAUGUCAAGACCUUGGACCUCAUGGCAUCCAAUGUGAGUCUGCCAGACGACUUGGACACUCUGUACUGGUGCAAGCUGCUCAAGAUGCCGAACAUCACCACCAAGCACCACAUCAUUGGCUACAUCCCGCUGGCUCAGAAGGAGAACCUGGAGCACUUUCACCAUGCCGUCAUAUACGAGUGCAUGCUGCCAGACGGAGAGCGCCAUUACGAGAAGUGGGUGGAUUGGGAAGGUUUCCAGUGCCAUACCCCGAACAUGCCGCCCUCGUGGAGGCUCUGCAACUCCCCGAUCGUUGCGUGGGCGAUAGGCGGCGAGGGCGAGAUGUUCCCCGAGCACGUGGGUUUCCCAAUGGGCGAGGCUGACACAACGUACUUCAUGAUGGAGAUUCAUUAUGAUAACCCCAACCUCAAGAAAGGCGUGGUUGACAGCUCUGGGAUUCGCUUGUUCUACACGGAUCAGCUGCGUCAACACGAUGCUGGGACGAUCCUUUUCGGCCACUCUGUAUCUCCAUUACACAUCAUCCCACCCGCCCAGAAGUGGCUCACCGCGGGCUACUGUGACGCCUCCUGCACGAGACAGCACCUUCCGGCAGAGGGGAUCACACUCUUCCAGGGGCUGCUACACGCACACUUGCUGGGGACGGCCAUCAGCCUCCGACACGGCCGCGACGGUGAAGAGCUGCCGCCAGUCAUGGAAGACAUGAACUAUGACUUCAACUACCAAAACACAAGAAUCCUGAGGGAGGAGGUGACCGUGCUCCCCGGCGACACCUUCAUCGUGGACUGUGCCUACGACUCCUCAAACCGCACCACCACCACCUUCGGCGGCCUCGGUACCAACGAGGAAAUGUGCGUCGUCUUCAUGUCCUACUACCCUCGCGUAGACCUCUCCUACUGUCUGUCCCAGCCUGAUCCCAACACUGUCAUGGAUGUUCUCGGCAUUGAGGAGGCUUCCAACAUUAAAAACAUUAAUGAAUGGACAACACCAAAGGGAUUCAAUGAAGAAGAAGAGAGUCAACUGCUAGAGAAGGUUAUGAGUGGCAAUUUCUCAGCCGAAGCCACACCCACAAUUAUUGCCUACAUCCUGAAUGGUAUCAACAUCACAGCACCUUCUGAAUUCUUCAACAGAUCCCUGUACAACAUUCUGCAGGACAGAGCAACAUGGGAUGACCAAGGAAUGACUAAUGCCCUUCAGCAAGCUGUGUUGGAGGGAAAUCACAACUCAGUCUGCUACCUCCGGAGUCAAGGAAAACUCACCAUAAGUGACACCGUCUUUACUGCUCCAAGCCUCAAGCCACUGCCAAAGUCACUUCCUGUCGUCAGCUUCAUGCACAGUGCUGUGCUGGACCAGCAAGGCAGUGUUGUAAUGCUGUGGUCACCCAGAGAGGAAGACAUAGUGUUUGAAAUUCAGGCAGGCGCCAAGGGCUACGUGGGUCUGGGCUUCUCCCCGAAUGGCGGCAUGAAGGGCGCGGACAUUGUGCUGGGUUGGGUGGACGCUGCCGGGGAGGUGUUCCUGCAUGACACAUACGCAGACGGCAACAUGGCCCCGAAGGUUGAUGCAUCACAGGACGUGACGCUGCUGGGUGGCUACCAGAAUGACACCCACACCGUCAUCAGGUUCUCGCGGCCCUGGAACACCUGUGAUGAAGGCCAGGAUGUUCUCCUCUCAGAUGACACUGUGCGGGUCAUCUGGGCCUACAGCAACACUGACCCGGCCAGCGAGACUGACCUCAAGUACCACGCAGCACGAGGGACCAAGAGCCUCUACUUGAAGUCGCCCCAGUUGGUGAUGCCCCAAAUGGGCCCUGAUGUCAAGACCUGGGACUUCCUAUCACCUAAUGUGAGCUUGCCAGACAACCUGGACACUCUGUACUGGUGCAAGAUCUUUAAGAUGCCGCCCACGCCAGUCAAGAGCCACAUGAUUGGGUAUGUUCCAGUAGUUCAACAAGAGAACGCCGAGCACGUGCACCAUGUCCUCUUCUAUGAGUGUUACGUGCCUGACAGCGACACCCAUUUUGAGAAGUGGGUGAGCUGGGAGGGGACGCAGUGCUACAGUGCCAACAUGCCCAACUCCUGGAACUACUGCAAGUCGGUUGUUAUUGCCUGGGGAGUGGGUGGAGAGGGGGAAAUGUUCCCAGAGCACACGGGUACUCCCAUGGGCGAGGAACACGGCGGAGCUACGUACUUCAUGAUGGAGAUGCACUACGACAACCCAAACCUGAGGCAGGGAGUGGUGGACUCUUCUGGUAUAAGAAUUUUCUACACUGAAAACCUUCGUGAGUAUGAUUCUGGGACGCUGAUGUUUGGUCAGCAUGUCUUUCCCUCCAUCAUCAUCCCUCCGGGUCAGCCACGGUUCCUCGCAGCAGGCUUCUGUGACACCACUUGCACUCAGCAGAUGCUCCCCAAGGAGGGUGUGAAGAUAUUCCAAGGAGUGCUGCAUUCCCACCUGCUGGGGACCUCCCUUUUCUUGAGGCACAUCCGUGAUGGACAAGAGCUGCCGGUAAUCAUGAAGGACACAAGUUAUGACUUCAACUACCAGAGCACCAGAGUUUUCCAAGAGGAGGUGACGGUGCUGCCGGGUGACAUCCUCAUCACAGAGUGCUACUACGACUCCUCCAACCGAAGCAAGCCCACCUUUGCUGGCUUGGGCACCGAGGAGGAGAUGUGCCUUGCCUUCCUGAACUACUACCCUCGUGUGGACCUCUUUUCAUGUCUCUCUCAGCCAACACUGAUGAGUGCCAUCGGUGCACUGGGUGUGAGGGUUGAGAGGGGAGAAGGAGCCUUCAAACCAAAGCCUCCUGAUGAGCAGACAAACAAAGAGAUGGAUGAGAGGUUACUGAGUGAGGAUUUCAACCAAGAGCUGAAGCCUGUAAAGUUCAAUUACCUGUACAAGGCAAUGAGGGCCACAGCUCCUGACAGGUUUGUCAAUAUGUCCGUUUAUGACGUCCUGCACGACGAGACAACAUGGCAGGAUCCCACCGUGACAGACUCCCUUCAGAGGAUGGAAACAAAUGGUGUUCAUCUCACCGAAUGUAGAAAGCGUGAUGCCAACUCAAUGAUAUCGGUGAGAAAGAUGGUCCCUUACCCAACUUUCAGAACCCUGAGGCCACAGCCUGACCAGUGCCUAGACUCCCAAGGUGUAAAUUCUAGAACCCGCCUUUGUCCAGCCUUCUUCCCAUUCUGCAAGAACACAAAGAGACGGCCUUUCUACUAGAGGGCCUGAUCUAUGCCCAAGCUCCACCACUUUCUCCUAGUUGCUGAGCCCCUCUACACCAGACUUCACAAUACUGUAUAUCAAAUAAGUACAAUGUAAUGAUCAGUCCUUGAGAUUAUUGUUGGUAUUAUAAGACACUUUCAGUUCUCACACAGCUAUUUCUAAAUGUCAAAGAGGGGGUCAGUCGGGUUCUAAUGAGUGUUUCUUUAGGUUCAUUGUACAGAAGAAGGGUCAAACUACCAACAGGGUAAUAAAAUUACUCCUGGAAAUGCCCACAACUCUAUGAAAGCCUUGUCAAAUUUAUGUUCUUGAGCAACGAAAUGUUUUAAAAUAUACCCUAUGCCUCAAAAUCAGUCUGGAUAAUAUAUAUAAUAAAAAAUAUAGUAUAGUUCAUGAAUUACAUGAUAUUAAACAAAACCCUUGAGCCAUCUCCUUUGCUGUAAAAAAAAAGUCCUAAAAUAAGCCUAAAGAAAGCUAUGAAUGAGUGUGUGGAGUGUGUCUGUGAGCCUAAAGCAGUUUGAUAUGUAAGUAAAGGUUACCUCGUGCACAGGAACACCUAGGACAUGAAUACCUAUACUCACUGAUAUAAGAACAUUUUUAAGUGGAGGAUAUUUGGAUAAUGAGGCAUAUUUAAGCUGUUCAAAAGGAUUAUAAUAAAGCCAACAACUAUUUCCAUCCAGACUAAGUUGAUGUGUAUGACUGAAUUCACAUAACAGCCUUGCCAGACCUUACGGGUGUGUGAAAUAAUCUGGUUCACCUGAACAUGCACAGGAAAUGUCACAUGCUCUCCACCUCACUAUAUCUAUUAGGUUUAAGUUGAUGUUUAAGUUUAUAAGUGGAAGUAUAAGGAACCACAAAAUGUAACACUGAAAUAAAUGUUGAAGCCUUUGAAA